CCUUAACAGGAGGCGUAAACGAAUUGCUCACUGGCAGAUAUGGCGACGUUCUCCACUCUUGCAAUGCGCAUGCUCACCCGCAACCUUUUCCCAAGCACCAUAAAGCGCGUGUUUGGAAUGGCUGCUCCACAGCUGAUGAAGGUGUUUGUGACGAGAAGAAUCCCACAGGAAGGUUUCGAGCUACUAAAACAAUCUGGCAUCUGUGAUGUCCAGCAAUGGGAUUCUGAUGAACCAGUACCAAGGGAAGAACUGCUGAAAGGAAUUUCUGGAGCACAUGGGGUUCUGUGUCUUCUCUCUGAGAAGAUUGACAAGGAAGUUCUAGAUACUGCAGGAAACAGCCUGAAAGUGAUUAGUACUUUCUCAGUAGGGUAUGAUCAUCUUGCCAUUGAGGAGAUCAAGAAGAGAGGGAUUCGUGUAGGAUAUACCCCAGAUGUGCUGACAGAUGCCACUGCUGAGCUUACUGUAGCUUUGCUUCUUGCAACUGCUCGUCGACUACCAGAGGCUGUGGAAACAGUAAAAAACAGUGAAUGGACUACCUGGAAACCCCUUCAUUUGUGUGGCUAUGGACUAUCAAAUAGCACUGUAGGAGUUGUUGGACUCGGAAGAAUAGGCUUGGCAAUUGCAAGGCGACUUAAACCCUUUGGAGUGAGGAAGUUCUUGUACACUGGACAGCAACCAAAGCCUGAGAUUGCUGCAGAAAUAGAGGGUCAAUUUGUGCCAAUUAACCAACUUGCUGAGGAAUCUGACUUUGUUAUACUGUCAUGUGCUUUGACUCCUCAAACACAAGGGCUAUUUAAUAAGCAAUUAUUUGCCAAAAUGAAGAAAACUGCUGUGUUCAUCAACUCAAGCAGAGGUGCUGUUGUCAACCAAGAAGAUCUUUAUCAUGCUCUCAGUACUGGACAGAUUGCAGCUGCUGGCCUAGAUGUUACUGAUCCAGAGCCUCUACCUUUAAACCACCCUCUGCUCAGCCUAAAAAACUGUGUGAUUCUACCUCAUAUCGGAAGUGCGACAUAUGCAACAAGGACGACCAUGUCUAUUCUCACUGCAAGAAAUCUCCUCGCUGGAUUGACUGGACAAGAAAUGCCAAGUGAACUCCAGUUGUAAGAAGAGUAGAAACAUUUUGAACAAAAGACCAUUCAUUAUAGUGCAGUGCUUCCUCAUUCAUCACUCCCAUUCCCUUCAUAACAAAAUAACAGUAGGAGAGAAAAAAAUAAAACAUACAGGCCUUAAUAUUUCUAAAAUCUCCCACACUCUUUCUAAAAUCUGUUCUACGAUGAUUUUUCUUCAAUAUAUCAACAUGUAAAGCUUCCUGGUUUCUCUGUACAUUCAAAAAGCUCACCUAUUUUAUCUUAGUCUGUCAAAGUUUUACUUUCUCUGUUGCUGUUUUUCUUUGAUGUACACUGAUCUAUUUAAUAUCAUACAAGGUUGCAAAUGGCAUCAAUUUUUAAGGUUUUCCCUGGCAAGUCAAUCAUACACGCCAGGUUUAAGACGAAAGUUCAAGAUACUAUGCAUUGAUUUUUAAGCCUAACUUGGCCAGCAUUUUAGUUGCUACUGUUUUGAGGAAGGUGUCCAGUGUUUUAAGGUCCCAAUCUUGCACUCUUAACAAGGCCUUUGCUUUUUCCUUCCAUUUCUGUCAAGUCCAAAUCAGCUGUUUUUACACCUAAUUCUAUUCUUUCUUAACCACCACUACUACUUACAGGGAUUUAGACAUCCGAGUAUGUUCAGGAAGUGUUGCAAGAAUCGGUGCUGGGCAGGAUGACAGGCCAUUGUGGGGACCCCACACCCUAAUGCGUGCACACACACACCCUUACCCUUGUGGCUGUCAUUGUGGACAAGUAACUUUAUAAUAAACAUGUUGACUCUCUUGAUGUUAAAGGAAACCAGAGUACCUAAAGAACCAAGUGGGCACAGACAGAAAAUGUGAAAACCUGAUGGCACUGCACCACACUGUGUGGUGUUUUUAAUAUAUAUAUACACAUACUGUGUUUGGGAUGUUGUGAACAUAAGACUAUAGCUUAAUCAAGUUGAUUAUGCAGUAUGAGUAAUGGAAGGUUUACAUAUAUAUAUAUAUAUAUAUAUAUAAUAUAAGCAAAUCUUUGGAAUAGCCCUGAGGAGCCCUCACCAUUGUUAGAAUAUUAGAACAAUCUAGACGAGAACAGACCAUUCAGUCUAACAAAGCUUGCCAGUUCUAUUCACAGAAUUCUUCCCAAAUAACAUCAAGUUGACUUUAAAGAUCCCUAAAGUCCUACUGUCUACCACAGUAUUUGGUAGCUAAUGUGAAGUGUCUGUGGUUCUCUGUGUAAAGAAAACUUCCUAAAGUUUAUGCAAAAUUUACCCUCAAGUUUAAAAUGCAUUAAUCGAGAACACAGACACCAUCGGAAAGUUGCAGCCUUCAUUCCCUUUUUUAAACACUUCAGUUUAUGUCUCCUUCUUCUAAUCUCAUUUUGCUUAAACUGUAAAGGCUCAGCUCUUUUCAUCUUUCCUCAUAACUCAUCUUCUGUAGCCCCUCAAUCAGCCUAGUUGCUCUUCUCUGGACUUUUUCUAGUGCUGCUAUGUCCUUUUUGUAAUCUGGAGACCAAAAGUGCACCCAAUACUCCAGAUGAGGCCUCACCAGUGAGUUAUAACGCUUGUUGAAGUAGAUCCUAUCAACUCAGUUGGGCUGAUUUACGUAUAUAAGAUUUUUGGCCCACAAGUGGAGCAGAACCUGAGAGAUCCUAAAUCUCUUUAUUACAUUAUGUACUUGAAGGAAUACUCCAUCCCAAAAAAAUUUGGAUUGUUAAUUGAUGUUUGUAUUGAUGGCUGAGAAAUGUUUGAUCUCUUUUCUAUAUAAAAACCAUGAGAAUAAAGUUUCUUAUAGAAUAGGCAUCUAUGGUGAACAAUGUUGGACAACAGCAAACAAUAUUGAGUCAUCCUGCAUAAUCCACUUGUUUAAGAUAUCUAGUCGUAAAUUCACAAAAUCCCAAACACAUUUAUUUCUACUAAAAUUAUUCAAUAAGCCACUUCAGAAAAUGCUCUUGAAUGAAAGUGGAACACUCAAAUGUGAACAAGCAUUAAAUUGUAUAUCCACAUCCAGUUAUUCCACUUACAGUAUAUUCAUGUCCACUACUGGAGUAUCUCAGAUUAUUUAGCAGAGGUCGGUGAAACUGCACAGGUGAAUUGACCUUCUGCUUGGUGAAGCCACUUAGAUAUUCACAGUUUUGAGGCAUAUUCUCUACCUGAUGAUGUUUUUACUUGCUUUUCUUUAACGUUUGUUUUGUCUCUCAGUGCUCCUUCCAAUGUUUGUUGUGUUUUAAGCUCAAUUUUAUCCAGUAAUAAGCUGUUAUUGGGCUUGGAUUUCUGACUGAUGAAUGAGGCAGGGUGGAUGGAGGUUGGUCUUCAAUUCAGAUGCUCCUGUACAUGUAAGUGCCCUCCAUUCUUGUUUACAAGAGCAUAACCAGGGGCUUUGUAACAUAAUAAAAAUCAAAUUUUUGGAUGGAGUGUACCAUUUUUAAAUGGGGAAUUGUGUUUACUUUAUUUUAAUUUUUUUUUUUAACUUUGUAUAAUUGGGUUUUGAAAAGCACAGUUUGAGAGUAAGUGGUGUGUAAUUUUUGUUCUGAAUGCAUUUUGUUUGACCUGAAAAUAUGGCUGAUUCUUGAUUUUUAAUUGACCCGUUUUGUAUCUCAUUUGCACUUGUUAGAUUUAACACCCAAUUUACAUAAAUACGUCUGUUUUCUUCUGGUUAGUAUUGCAAUGAGGGAUUCACAAUCAUAAAGAAUUUAAAUCCAAAUUAAA